AUGACGACUCCAACUUCGCGAUAUCCAGCAGCUGAGGGGACAGCUGGUGUGGUGACUACUUGGUUACCUCUAACCACAGUAUAUCCUGUUGUACCCAGCUGUAAGAGCGAGUUCUAUUCUCCCGAUAAUCUUACAUAUAUCUACGCCUACGAUCCCAAUCAAAAUGCCCUUUCCUUCUCAACCAGAUGCUGGCCCUCUCAAGCACUCUCGUGGUGGAAUCAAGACACCGCUGCAGCAGUGGUCACCUCAUUAGGACCAUUUUUAUGCCCAGAGGCAUAUACAGUCGCCGUCACCACUGUUGUAGACAAAGUCUCUACAUUGACUGGCUGUUGCCCUAGUGGCUAUGGCCUCGCAUCUAUGAUGUCGCAACCAAAUCCCGGUCAAUGCACAUCUACCUUCACCUCUGGAGCUACGAUUACAUAUGUUAGCAGUUGGACACCGGCCUUUGAUGGAUAUACGACAGUCACCUCCGUGUUGGACAAACACCAUGGGAUUCAAGCCGUGCAAAUAAAUGGAUAUAACUUCAAUGGCAAUUCCGCGGAACCCACAUCAACUGGUUUCAGUUCGAGUCCAAGUUCGAGUACAAGUUCAGGAUCUAGGUCGGGCUCGGGAUCGGGAUCAGCAACAGCAACUUCUGGAUCUACUCUCGCCGCAUCUGAAGCCGCAGUUACAUCCACAGCUUCCUUGUCCUCGGGAAGUAGUAGUGCGGGACUUAGCUCAGGGGCCAAGGUUGGUUUGGCGGUCGGUCUCUCGGUUGGCGUAAUCGCCAUUGCCGCUCUUAUCGCUAUUCUACUCUUGAUGCGAAGGCGGAAGGGUUAUGGUACGCCACCGCAGCAGGAUGUUUCAUAUGCAUCGUCCGAUGUUUCGAUGGGCCAAGUCACCACUCCUCCGUAUUCGCCUGUAGGCAAAGCACCCCAUGAGAUUGGCAGUAUGCACGUACACGAAAUGAACGGGUCGAUGAAUGUGGCUGAGCUGGAUGGACGUCAUGGAAAUUGA